AUGCCCCAAGACCCCAGCCCACCCCAACACACCGACCUCAACCUCGACGCCCUCGUCGUCGGCACAGGCUUCGCCGGCAUCUACGCCCUGCACGCGCUCCUCCAAGACGGGCUGCGCGUGGCGGCGAUCGACAAGGCGCGCGACGUCGGCGGCACCUGGUACUGGAACCGGUACCCGGGGGCGCUGAGCGACACGUGGAGCUAUCUGUACCGGUACAGCUUCGACGAGGUGCUGCUGCGCGCCUACCCGGCGCCGAACCGGUACUCGACGCAGCCGGAGGUGCUGGCGUACCUGCGGCAUGUGGUGGCGCGGUACGAUCUGCGGCGGCACAUGCGGUUCGAGACGGCGAUGGAGGGGGCGGAGUGGGACGAUGCUGCCAAGAGGUGGAGGGUGAGGUGUCGAGGCAUCGGGACGAAGCAAGGUGACAGGGGGGAGGAGGAGGAGGAGGAAGACGGAAAGGUGCACUACACCUACACGGUGCGGUAUCUCGUGACGGCGCUGGGGCUGCUGACCGAGCCCGUCCUGCCGGACAUCCCCGGGCUGAAGGAGGGAACCUUCCAGGGCCAGGUCGUGCACACCGCGGCCUGGGACCCGGCCGUCUCGCUGGCGGGGAAGCGCGUGGGCGUGAUCGGGGUCGGCUCGUCCGGGGUGCAAGUGGUGACGGCGAUCGCGGACCGGGUGGCCUCGCUGCACGUCUUCAUCCGGCGGGCGCAGUACAGCGUGCCGGCCAACGACCGGCCGGUGAGCGCGGCGGAGCGCGCGGCCAUCAACGCGGCGUACCCGGCGCUGUGGGCCGAGGUGCGCGCCUCGCACCUGGGGAUGGGGUUCGCGGAGUCGUCGCGCCGCUUCAUGGCCGUGAGCCCGGCGGACCGCGAGCGGAUCCUCGAGGCGUCGUGGCGCGAGGGCAACGGGCUGCAGCUCCUGUUCGGCGGGUUCAGCGACCUGACCACCGACGCGGCCGCCAACGAGGAGGUGUGUCGGUUCCUGCGCCGCAAGAUCCGCGCGGCGGUGCACGACCCGCGCAAGGCCGCGGUGCUGCUGCCCCGCGAGCCCUUCGCGCGCCGCCCGCUCAGCGACGCCGGGUACUACGAGACGUUCAACCGCGACCACGUGCACGCCGUGGACGUGAUGGCGCAUCCAAUUACACAAAUCGAGGCAAAGGGCCUCCGCACCGCGGACGGCACGCUCUACGAGCUGGACACCCUCGUCGUCGCGACGGGCUUCGACGCCCUGGACGGCAGCUACGCGCGCGUCGAGAUCCGCGGCCGCGACCCGGCCGAGGACCUCAAGGAGCGGUGGCGGCGCUCCGGGUCGGCGUGCUAUCUCGGCUGCGCCGUGUCCGGCUUCCCCAACCUGCUGAUCGUCUCCGGGCCCAUGGCCGCGUUCGCGAACGUGCCGCCGCUCACCGAGACCAACGUGGACUUCCUGCGGGAUCUGAUCCGCCGUGCCGAGGAGAUCACCCGGCAGAGCGGGAAACAGUGCGAGAUUGAGGCCACGCAUGAGGCCGAGAGGUGGUGGACGGACCAUUGCGAUCUCACCGCGCGCAAGACCCUCUUCGCCCAGGCGCCCUCGUGGAUGUUCGGGGCCAAUGUCCCGGGGAAACGGCCGGCCAGUCGGUUGUAUUUCGGCGGGCUGGGCCCGUUUCGGGCGAAAUUGGCCGAGAUCAAGGCGAGGGGGUUCCUGGGGUUUGAGGAGCCGCUGGGGACUGGGGGCACGUUGCGGUCGCAUCUUUAG